AAAAUGAGACUUUAACAUCCCAUUCAUUGAUAAUUUGAAGUAGGGUAGGUUGAUUAAGUUUGUUCAUCUUAUCGAAAAAAACCUAUAGGUACUGUGCUUCGUCCGUCGUUGUCCGACGUGCGUGGACGUUUUCAGCAGACUACUAAGCUAUCAUUUACCUGAAAUCAUCAUAAGAUAGUCCUGACCAAGUUUUGUUCUUUUUUAAUUGGUUCGAAAUCCAAGAUGACCGUCAUGACGGUGUCAUUUAGCUGAAUAUUGAUAGAGUUAUUAAGGAAUGGGAGCUUACAGAAUAUGUUAAUUCAAUGUUCGGCUUCUUAAGAUUUUUUGACAUGACAGUCAGGCGGCCACUUUGUAAAAUGAUUACGCAAUCAUAGUUUUCUGAACACAAUUGCACCUGAAACUUAGCUACGAUGAACUUGAGACUGCCCUGACCUAGUGUUGUUAUACUUGCUACCGAGUUGAGCUUGUUUUUAAACUAUAGUACAAUGAAGUUCAGAGUCAGACGACUGUAAAGGCUCAAGCGCCUCUUGUUUUAUAUAAGGGAGGCCUCCCUUGGGCAAGAUGCUUGCUUAUGUCUUCGGAGGCUGCGUUGUGUCCGUGUCAGCCAUACAAAUUUGUGAACGUUCUACUAACGAAAACAUUGGGAAGCAUUGAUCGUCCCUUAUCAUGACCGUCAACUGCAGUUGAAAUUGCAGUACCAGGCAUGUUUUCGGUACUGUAUUUGUUGGGAAACUGAUCACUUCAAUAUAUGCAGUUUUUUAAAGAGACUGGUGUGUUCGGUUGGCUCUUGUGAAUGGGUUCUGUCUCCUAACCGAGAAAUACACGAAUCUUUAAAAUUGUAGUUGCUACUCCCUUUUAGCUCUCAGCAUUUUGGGAGUGUGGCGACUGUAUUUCCGUUGGUAGUAUGUGACCGAACGGGGUAUCCUCCUGUGUGUCUCCGGUAUUAUGAUUCAUUGAGGUAGCACUUAAAAUCGUCAAAAAUUCCGGAUUAUCAAAAGGAGACUUAGCACGAACUUACCGCAGCUUCUCCUGCCCUGAAGGUAGGGCGUAAGAAUUGCUGCCCUAUUUGCAUGAUCUUAGGAGGCGACUAAAUUUGGUUUCUUAUCUUUUCUCUUUCUGAACAACUUUCGUCUGCCUCACGUUUGUUUCUUCAGUUGAGCCUUCGCCCCUGUGAUGAAGGCUCUCGGUUCUGUCUCCUGGCCGAGACAUACCAGAGUCAUUAAAAGUGGUAGUUGCUACUCCUGCUUAGCGCUUAGCAUAUUAGGAGUGGGACGACUGGUUCGCCCGUUGUCAGUAUAAUGUGACCAGGUGGGGUGUGCAGCAGGGUAUCUUCGGUAGUAAGUUUCAGUGAGGUAGCAUUAUAAAUCGGCAUAAGUUCCGGCCUGUCACAAGGAGACUUAACAAGAACAUACCACAGCCUCCAACAACACGCAUAUGCACUCGUCACACGCAUGCAUGUCGCACACACGGGAGACCGCCCUGAAAUGACAUUAGCUCUUGAUGUCAGCUGUUUUUAGGACGUUAAAGAAUACCAUACCGAAUCAAGCCACAUCUAGUACUAAUAUGUGAUGUUCAGUAAUACAUAGUAAGGUUUCCAUGACCAGUAAUGUUUAAAUCUUUCUCGUUUGUAGUAACUUCAAAACUUCCUGUUACCAGCAACAAUAAUGAAGGAAAGAGAGACAUGGAAAAAUGGACUAGAGUUUUUGUUUUCCUGUAUUGGCGUCAGUGUUGGACUUGGAAAUAUCUGGAGAUUUCCUUAUAUAUGCUACAGAAACGGUGGAGGUGCUUUUCUGGUACCGUACUUCCUCUUCCUAGCUAUGAUCGGUAUUCCGCAGCUCCUGCUACAGUUCUCAUAUCCCCAGUACUCUAGUAGCGGACCAGCUAAGGCAUGGGUGUGCUGUCCGCUUUUCAAAGGAAUUGGUUAUGCGAUGAUUCUGACCAACUCGGUUAUUUCGCUUUACUAUAACGUUAUCAUCGCCUGGACACUGUACUACCUUGUCAAUUGUUUCACCCUAAACCUUCCAUGGAGCAGUUGCGAUAAUAUAUGGAACACUGACAAUUGCUAUUUUCGAACCUCUGAAUGGUCAUCAAUGACAGGAAACGCAAGUAGUUAUGAUACAUCAGUUUCUGAGGAAAAAAUUCUAAAGACGAAUGAAACAGUGUCUGCAACAGACGGAAAAACUGCCACAGAGGAAUUUUGGACGUACAAUGUUCUCCAGUUAACUGAUGGUAUCGAGACAAUGGGAACACUGCGCUGGCAGUUACUUCUGUGCAACUUUUCUGUGUGCGUGAUUGUCUUCCUUUGUGUCUUUAAAGGAAUCAAAUUAUCAGGAAAAAUCAUGUACGUGGCCGCUACUGUACCAUAUCUAUUUUUGACGAUCCUAUUGGUGCGCGGUCUUGCGCUAGAUGGAGCAUUGAUGGGGCUGAAGUACUAUUUCAUUCCAAGAUGGGGCGAGUUACUCCGUUCUGCGGUUUGGUUCGAUGCUGCUAGUCAAGUCAUUUUUUCUUUGGGAUUUGGCACUGCUGACCAUAUAAUACUGGCUAGUCACAACAAAUUUCACCAUAAUAUAUACAGAGACGCCAUGAUAGUUCCUGUUGUCGAUGCAUUCACGAGCCUCUUCUCUGGUUGUGUUAUUUUCGUUACCCUUGGUUACAUGGCGACUACGUUUCAAUUAGACAUAGAUAAAGUGGUAACUGAUGGUCCUGGUAUUGCAUUCAUGGUUUUCCCAGAAGCUCUUUCUACACUCCCUUUUCCUCAAAUAUGGUCGACCCUCUUCUUCCUCACUCUUCUUGUGGUCGGUUUGGAUAGUAGGAUAGUCAUGAUACAGGUAUUGACAGGGUCUCUUAGUGACCUUUACCCGGGCCUGUUUCGCUCCAGAGUCUCAUGGACGUCUGCUGUCGUGUGUCUUGUGACAUUUUUGCUUGGAGUACCAUUUGUAUAUCAGGGAGGGAUGUACGUGCUACAGUUAGUAGACUGGUACAUAGCUAGUGUGGCUUUACUGUUGAUCGUCUUCCUCGAAUCAUCUGUCCUGUCAUGGCUUUACGGAUCCCAAAGACUAAGCGAGGAUAUAGCCGUGAUGAUUGGGUAUCCUAUACCGAAGUUCUGGCAGGUGUUCUGGAGAUUUAUAACACCGUGCUGUAUACUGGUUGUCUGGGUAAUGAGUCUAGUAAAGCACAAGCCUGUAACGUUUGGUGGCGAGGCAUAUCCAGUUUGGUCUGUUGGUGUCGGAUGGAUUAUCUCCCUUUUGCCGUUAAUGCCUUUGGUUGGAAAUAUCAUUCUGACUCUUCUUAAACAAGAAGGAAACGUAACACAGAGAUUGCAGCAAUCCAUCAAGCCCUUACCUGAAUGGACAAGAAAUCUUCAAUCAGAUCAAAAUUCGGGACCAAAUGGCGACAUUUUAUUAUCAAGCUAAAAUAUACGAACAAGGCAUACAUUUAAUGCAUACUAUCAAUUGUCUACAUGUUUUCCUAUUCAAUUAUUCAAUUGGUGUUUGUGCACCAUGUUCAAUAUGCUCAGGAUUUAAUUUAGGUAAAGUUGCGUUCAAAGCUUGCUUGACCUCAAUAGAAAUUAUUACGUUAACAUAACUUCGAUGGAGAUUAAUUCAAAAGUGAGUAUUCGAUUAUGACGCACAGAAAUCAAUAGAACUAUUGUGUUCAAGUAAAAUAUUAGACGCUAUGUCGUUACAAUUUUCGGUCUCUAUCACUAUUACUCAGUAAGCCUCGGUUCUGACCCCAAAAUCUACACUCUCGGGCAUAAUUUCCCUAAAGAAAAUUCAUUAAUGAAAAUAGUGACGAAUUUGAGGAUUUCGACAUUAACGAUAAUGAAAAUAUUUCCGAGGACAAAGUAGGAUUUAACGAUGAUAAUUGAGUUGAAGGCAGCAAGGAACUGUCGAAUGUCACUUUUACCGGUAAUGCAUGCAGCUAUGAACACGGAAAUUCUGCCAGUACCUGAAUCUUUGGACUACUUUGAGCGUAAUUUAAAAAACGAUACACUUGAAAAGAUCGUAGAUGAAAUAUAUUAAUAUGCUGCCACGUAUAUGCAAACACACAAAGAGCAUUCAACCCACUCUCGGUACCGUAAAUGGACACAACACUCGGACAAAAUGAAAGCUUUCAUGAGAAUGACGAUUGAAUUCGGCCUAGUUCAACAGCUCAUGUGGGUUAAUGUUGCAUUAAUAAUGGAACAAAAUAAAAGCAUGAUGCUUUUAAAUAAAUACGUUACUUAAUA